GGCGGCUGAACGGAGCGGGUCGGUCCGGGAGUCAGCGAGACCGGGGACCAGGGCUGGGACCGAGCCCGGCUCGGCGGCGGCACGGCCCGACGGGCCGGGUGGCAGCUCCAUGGCCCUCUUCAGCAGAGGCAGCAGCCAUCCUAAUGCAACAGAUCCAAUUCCCUGUGGGGCAAACAGCACCGCAGAGCCUGAGCUGCCCCAUUCACACACCUACUAUGCCCUCUGCUACUGCAUCUUGAUUCUGGCCAUCAUCUUUGGGAAUGUGCUGGUCUGCUUGGCUGUGCUGAGGGAACGCACCUUGCAAACCACAACCAACUACCUCGUGGUGAGCCUGGCAGUGGCAGAUUUGCUGGUGGCUAUUUUGGUGAUGCCAUGGAUGGUGUACCUGGAGGUGACCGGCGGGGUCUGGACAUUCAGCCGUAUCUGUUGUGACAUCUUCGUCACCAUGGAUGUAAUGAUGUGCACAGCCAGCAUUCUAAACCUCUGUGCCAUCAGCAUUGACAGAUACACCGCAGUGGUGAAACCAGUUCAGUACCAGUACAGCACUGGGCAGAGCUCCUGCAGGAGGGUCUCCCUCAUGAUUGUGAUAGUCUGGAUGCUGGCAUUCGCAGUGUCAUGCCCUCUCCUCUUUGGCUUCAAUACUACAGGGGAUCCCAGUGUCUGUUCCAUAUCCAACCCUAGUUUCGUCAUCUACUCCUCUUUGGUGUCCUUCUACCUCCCCUUCAUGGUCACCUUGCUGCUCUAUGUCCGGAUUUACCUUGUGCUCAGACAGAGGCAAAAGAAGCGAACCCUCACCCGGCAGGGCAGCCAGAGCGCCAGCACCAAACCGCGUUAUGCACACCAAGAACACACGGAGAGGAAAGCUUUGCCAAACAGAUGCCAAGGCACAUUUUCCCCCUGUCUCUCGCUCAAAUGCACAGGCCAGGAGAUGUCUACAAAAAGGAGGUUGCUGACUGUCUUCAGCCUGCAGCAGUACCGAAGCUUCUGCCAUGAGGCAUCCCUCACCAAGGCACCAGGGACUACCCAAAACAGCAGGUGGGAAGAGAGGAGAAGGAGCAUGAAGGCAGGAGUGGAGGUACAGAGUCUCAGCAAUGGUAGAACCAUCAGCAGCUUGAGGCUGGCACAGCAGCAGCCCCGGCUGAUCCAGCUGCGUGAGAGGAAGGCUACACAGAUGCUGGCAAUUGUCCUGGGAGCAUUCAUAGUCUGCUGGCUGCCCUUCUUCUUGAUUCACAUCCUCAACGCCCACUGCCCAUCCUGCCACGUGCCUCCAGGGCUUUACAGUGCCAGCACCUGGCUCGGAUACGUCAACAGCGCCCUCAACCCCAUCAUCUACACAACUUUCAACACUGACUUCCGCAAAGCCUUCCUCAAGAUCCUCUGCUGCUGACUGUGGGGCCACACCAGGCUGCACAGGUCUGCAGCAGCCCCCUGGGAGGAGUAAAAGACAAGCCAGCGAGUCCCUCAGCACUGGGCACAGCCCUGGGUGUGCAGCAGAUCAGCCAACACAGUGCAUCACUCCUGGGAGCUUGCAGGGCAUACGUGACCCGCACACAGAAGGCAUCUCUCAUCUCUGCUGCUGGAAAUGCAUUUGCCCUCCCACAGCUGGAACCUCAGCCUGCAGAAGGCACCCAGCUCAUGCACAGUAAGAGGACAGAACCUGACCUCUUGGGUAAGGAUCCUGAUCUCUUCAAUCCGGAGCUAAGAGUGAAAAUUGGACAAGGAAACAGAAAAGGAGCACUGAUGGAGAAAUAACAACUUUCCUGUUGUUUCCAUCAAAAGGUUUGCCUGUAAAACUGGGUCAGUCUAAGUGCUUGAGAAAAUCGCCCUAGUUGCAAAUGUGCUGCCAGCUUGUAUUUUACUGGUCCUUGCAAGGCAGAAGUGGCUGCCCUCCCUCUGGAAGGUUAGCUCACAUGAGAAGUGCAACACUACCCCGGGCUCCCCUCUCCUCCUGACUCGAGGACCAGCGAUAGAUUGGCCACUACUUAACUACCACGCACCUCAGUGACUGACUGUGGCCACUAAGAGAACAAGGCUCUUGAUACCUGCCACAGAUUCAAACCUGUUUUUUCACCUGGUUGCAUGCCCCCCACCUCAAAAUUCGUUCGCAGUAUCUUUGGAACCAAUCUUCACCUGCGCAUCUCUCCUGACAGGAGCACUGCUAGAUUUAGGGUUUGUACCAUCUGGUAGCUGCAAUAACUCUGGUCACAGCCCAUACCUGGAGGAGAGCUGUUUCAUAACAUUCCUCACAGUAAGAAGGGACAAUUGCCUUGGGAUCAGCCCCAGGACUCUCCUUGACACCCCUUACCAAUACUCUUGUCAUCACAUACGGCAUCUGUGUAUCCCAGCAUCCAGGAGCUGGCCGUGGCCUCCUUUCCCAGCAGUAUUCUGCAAAGCCAUCUUCAGUAGUUCCUGGAUGAACAAAAGAGACAAGUCCUGAUGUAGCCAAAGCUGGUCUCGUGUAGCCAAAGCUGGCACUCUAAUGCUCUUCCCCUCACACAGACAAACCUGGCACGGGCCAGAGAGCCUCAACAUGAUUCUCUCAUUUCGCCCCCUUGCUGUACUGGAUUAGAGGCUUCAGCUCUUACUACCAGGACUUGGCUUAGCUGUGUUGUCAGCCAUGCUCCUUUGAUAGCUUUGGGCAUAACUCUGUGUGCUGCUCCUGCCUGUGUCCAUGUCACCGCUUCUCUUCUGGGAAGGGAUUCCUUUCUUUCUUAAUAUGAAACCAGAGCCAUUGUCCUCUGCCUCCAGAGCACACAGCAGAGCUCAAGCUGCUGCUUUGGUUUGUCUGGGUUUUUGGGAGGAGGAUCUUGUGGAGCGCAUGUGUCAUUUGCCUGGGCAGGUGCCCUCCAUACUGCAUUGUAACUGCCUUAACCCAAUAAAACACAAGUGUGACUGGAAGUUUUGGUAUCUUUGUGGUGAACGUACCUUCUUCUGUCACCUGUAGCCCUCUUAACACUUUCCCUGUAAAAAUUUAUCAUCCACCAUCGCACAAGAACUCUUUAUUAUUACUUGUCUUUUCCUUGCAACUGGGAAAGAAAUCAAAGGCUGCUGUAAGCACUUCCAACAGAUGAAUUCUGGAAAUACAGUCAAUUAGUUUCCCAGCUAUGCCGGGCAGACAUGCAGUAGUUUUACUCCAUCUGCUCAAAGAUGCUGGAUAGUACAGGAGGCACUCAGCACACAGGAUGGUGGAGGCAUGAACCAAGUGAACCAACCUGACUGAUUGCCACUCAAGGAAUUCUCAUCAAGAUGCUUCGUAACAGAGAUCACCAGUCCAGUUGCUUUAUAAAAGGAGGAAAUUAAAAGAAAAACCUGUUAAAGGAGGAGUAGGUCCAUUUCAAGACCUGGCCUAACACCUCUCAAGGGUCAGUUUAAUCUUACUUGAAUUUGAACCAGUUCUUCAAAGAGCGAUCCCCAGGAUAAUUCAGGAUAGAGGUAAUAGCAGGAGAUGUGGCAAAAGACUUAGCAGCAUUUUGGUGUCCACAGCUAAAAGG